UAAUUUUGUUAUAUGUUAUAUAUUACGUAUUUAAAAAAAAACAUGUAUUCAUCUCCCUAUACCUCACCUUCUGUAUUUCUCUCCAACCCUCUAAUUCAAAAAUAACUUGGACAUCUACUGACCCUAAACCCACGCUGGAUGUUUUUAAGCUCCUGUUCAGUAACGGGACUGCACCUGGUCCUUCUUAUAAUCUUGAACACAUCCCCUCUGCAUGGGCCACAGUUGCCAAAUACCAUCAAGCUGAUUAACUGUCUGCUUUACCAGUAUAAUUAAGCUCCUUUGGCUCUCAGCAGCCUCUCUCUGUAGCUUGGGCACCUGACAUCCUGCCCAGACCUUGUUUUGGCAGGGCCGAUGUUCUAUCAGGUCAGCACGUUAUCUCAGUGCAGUCGCAGCUCUUUAGGUGGAUUAAACAUAGAGGUUCCAGAAGUGUUUAGUCUGUUAUGAUGGUGCAGCAUGUGAGAUAAACUUGGUGGCUAUGACCUGAGUCAGAAGUUGCAGGCUUUGAGAUUUGUAAGCUUUUCUUUUUUUUUUUUUUUUCUGGAAAGAUUUCAUAACUUUAGGAAAUGAAUACCAAGAAAGCAUAUAUAUAUAUAUAUAUAUAUGUAUGUAUGUAUGUAUGUGUGUGUGUGUGUGUGUGUGUGUGUUUGUGUGUAUUUGUACUUUUUGUUGCUACCGAUCUCCUGACCCGAUUUGAUAGCUCACUAUUGACUAGACCUUAGCUGUUUUAUUGGUUCUGAAAAGUAGGCAUCAGGCCUAAUACUCGAAUAUUCCCUUAAAUGGACAAAGCCAUCCAUCCAUCUUCUAUACCACUUAUCCUUCAGGGUCGCGGGGAACCUGGAACCUAUCCCAGGGAGCAUUGGGCACAAGGCGGGGGUACACCCUGGACGGGGUGACAAUCCAUUGCAGGGCACAAUCACAUACACACUCACACACCCAUUCAUACACUAAGGACACUUUGGACAUGCCAAUCAGCCUACCAUGCAUGUCUUUGGCCUACCAAAGGCAUGCAUUUCCUACCAUGCAUGACACUGGGGAGGAAACCGGAGUACCCGGAGGAAACCCCCGAAGCACAGGGAGAGAGAACAUGUAAACUCUGUACACAGCCACAGGAAUCGAACCCCCAACCCUGGCAGUGUGAGGCGAACGCGCUAACGACUAAGCCCACCGUUCAAUAUAUACAGUAGGUCAAGCUUUGAUGAUGGUUUGUAACCUUUAUUGGUCUGUGACCUUAUAAGGUGUCUUUGUAUUACAUACUCCAGAUUUUGUGAAAACGACUACAAACUAAAAUGCCUUUGUUUAUGUAGCAGUUCAUAAAGUAGAUUUGAACAGUAAGAAGUGGGGUAGAGUAAAUGAAUGGUGACUUUUCAGUCUUCAGAUUCUCAGACCUGCCGCUCUGACUUUCCUUUCAGUAACUGCACUCUGGAGUGCCAUAGAGUACUAUGACAGGUUUUUAUCUCUCCCUAGUCAGAUUCUAGGGCUCAGUUGGGCGUUUGCAGUUCUGAUCAUUGCUUGCGGUGUUAAACCUGACCUUUCUGGAGCUGAAAAAUUCAUGUGGCUAGAGGUAAAUAUUUGAUGUAAGGUAUAGCAUUUUUAGGGUAUGACACAGCUCUUUAGUGUGACUGAAAGGAAAAGGUCAGUGCUUUCACGGAAACCUAUUGUCUGAGUUUAGAUUCAUAUUACACUCAAAAAGGCUUCAGGACAACAGGAUAAAUUAUCAGUGAACACAUGCUAUAGAUAUGAUUAAUCACCAAGUGAUGAUUAAAAAAAUACCAUCAGGUUGUUUUGUCGUUCAAAUCACGUUAAGCUCUUUAGGAAUUUGUGUAUUAAAAUUUUUUUUUUUUUUUUUGCUAGAUUGAGGACAGUGACCCCUGAAACCUAAUAUCAUACUGAAAUAAUAUCACACACUCAUACACACACACACAGUCUGGUCUUCUGCGACAGCAUUGCGUCUCCAGAUGGAUAAUAAAUGUGCCAGAAUGGAGCAUACCAUUAACAUGGGGGUGUUCACUCCCAUGAAAUCUCUUUAAACCCUUUAAAAACACGAUUCCAGCCAACCAGCUCCCUCCAAUUAUUAUUUCUGUCCUAAACAGUGAUUAAAUCAGUGACCGAAUGAAUCGUUUCCCUCCCCGUCUUUUUGAUAGUCACGUUCGUUUGAACUUUUCCUUCACCUCCCCCCACUUCUUGUCUUAUCUCUACCCAUGGCUUAGAGCAGCCAGGUAAGUGUCAGUAAACACAGUGCAGCUGAAGCACUGAGAGGCUAGUACAGGUAUUCAACCGGACUGUCACUUGGUACAGACAGACAGCACGGUAGUCAAGCCAGACUGUAAGGAAUUUGGGAGAAGAAGAAAAAAGGCAGAGAUUGCAGUAGAGGAGCGGCGAGCGGCGAGGUAAACAUGGAGGUUUGGAGCAGCUCGGGCACAGAGGAGAGCGAGAGAGAGAGCAGCAUAAGUCAGGAUGAGGAAGAUGAAGAGGAACAGGAGCAGAGUACCAACGGUCUGUGCAGAGAGCUGGUGAAAGUGCUGUGCUCAGAGAGGGUUGGACAGGUUACAAAGACAUACCGUGACAUUGAGGCUGUCACACAUCUUCUGGAGGAGAAAGAACGUGAUCUAGAGCUAGCAGCUCGAAUUGGCCAGUCACUGCUGAAACAGAACAAGUCCUUAACAGAACGUAAUGAGCUGCUGGACGAACAGCUGGAGGUCGCAAAAGAAGAGAUUGCUCAGCUGCGUCAUGAGCUCUCUAUGCGAGAUGAUCUUCUGCAACUGUACGCCGGCACGGAGGAGAUGGAAGCUGCUGCAGAGUCACUCUCAGCGAUCAGGCGAAACGAGUCAAGCUCUUCUCUCAGCAACUACGUGCAUUAUGAUUUCCUGCAAACGAAGCUGAAGAGUCUGGAGGAAGAGAACCUGAAACUUCGCACUGUGGCCAAUGAGUUGACGUCAGAGACCAGCAGCUAUGAAGAGCAGGAGCAACAGCUGAUGAUAGUGUGUGUCGAAGAACUCUCGUCAGCGAAUAAGCAGGUGGUGGCAGUGUCAGAGGAGCUGGCUCGUAAAGUGGAGGACUCUUUCCGGCAGCAGGAGGAGAUUAGCUCUUUGCUGGGUCAGGUGGUCGACCUCCAGCAGCGUUGUAAAGUGCUAAUCCGGGAGAAUGAGGAACUCACUCAGCACUUAAACACGUCCCGGGAAAGCCAGUCACAGCUCAAAACAGAGCUGAAGGACCUGAAAGAGAGGUAUUCAGAGUGUGAAGACAUGCUACAGGAAGCCAGAGAGGACAUCAAGAACCUGCGCAAUAAGAGCCUGCCGAACAGCACAGUGCAGCGCUACAGUUCGCUGGCUGCUGUGUUCCCCAUGGACUCGAUCGCUGCUGAGAUCGAAGGAACCUUCCGCAAAGGCCUGGACAGUCCUGCUCCCUCAGAGUACAAGACCCAUCCGUGGCGUGUGUUUGAGACGGUGAAAGUGGCCAAUCAAGUUGCGCGACUGCGCUUUCGGUGCCACUCGCCACAGGUCCCCAGCUCUAGCCCCAACUCCUCCCAGUCCAGUCCAACCAGCACACCGGGCACUAGCUACUAUGGAUCUGACUCCGUCAGCGUCAACCUCGAGGACAAACCCCACUCCAUAACACCUUCACAGGAGCAGAGCCUUGUAGAAUCCAAGCGUCUGGGUCAGCCGGGCAGGCCAGGUGGCCAAGAUCUGGAAGAAGCUCUGCGUUCCCUCUCUGCACGCCAGAAGAGCCAUUCCUCUGAUCGGCCGUUCUUUGAUGUCGAACGUGAGAGGAAGCUGAGGGCACUGGGUGGCAGCAGCGCAGGAGACUCUAGUGGCUUCCUUACACCCAAUGACAGCUUGGAAUCCACAGGAACCAACUAUUCAGGCAGCUCCCAGCAUUCAUCUGGGUCAUCCAGAUCCCAAUCCUACCUGCCUGAACGCCUGCAGAUAGUCAAACCACUGGAGGGUUCAGUCACUCUGCACCACUGGCAGCAGCUGGCUAAACCCAACCUAGGGGGUAUUCUUCUUCCACGGCCAGGCAUCCUCACCAAAGACUUCAGGGAAUUGGAUGUGGAUGUUCAGCAAGUUUAUAGCCUCAAUGACUUUGAGGAGGACGAGCCCAACUGGUCCAAACUCCAUAACCCCAUUCACAUCCCUACUGUCACUUCAUCUGGAUCCAACUUCCCCCACACCUGCCCCACCCACACCAUCACCAACUCUCAGAUCCUCCAUCCCUCUGUCCUGCUGUCCUCCUUAUCCACUAGCUUUCAGCCUCAUAACCUGUCCACCUCUGGGAGCAGUGAGCAUGUAAGGACCUUACCAGAUCACCAGCAUGGUUUCUUCCAUAGACCUGCCAUGAAUACGACACCCACCUUAAGUCUUAUUCAGCUGCUUCAAGAGCGAGGUAUCUCUGCUUCAACUCAGCCCAGCUUGCCUCCCAUCCUCAGACCUUCUACCAGCACUUUAGCAGCUUUAAACGAUAAAGAGCGAGACGGGGGACAUAGAGGAGUGAACCAGCAGAGGAGGAACAUUUUUAGCUUCAACCUGGUUGACAAGCUUCAGAGUCUUGGUCUUCAUAAAGUAAUAGCCAGAGGACUCAUAGGCUCGGGGAAGAUGGAAGGAGAUCCACGUCAUCCUCCUCCAACACAACACUGAACGCUGGCUUUCAGCAGAGCUACUGUUUUAUGUACUGUCUUCCAUUUUGUAUGCAGCAGAUCCAACCUCCUAUCAAGUCUUGUAUUUAUCAUUGAACAUUGAAACCCAUAUACACAUCUCAUAUUGAAGUGAUGUCAUAUUGGUUAUGAAUGGAUGGUAGACUGGUUUAGGUUUGGAAAUCCAAGGCAUUUUAACAGUCUGCGGUACAUAACGUAUGAUCGGUGUUUAUAUUGCGCUCUUAUGUGUUCUGAACACUUUUCAAUAGGGAUGAACCGUUCUUUCAUUAUGAUUUAACAACUAGCCCUGUUUUUAUUUUUUUUAAUUAUCUGACCGUCGCCUCCAUCCUGUCUCACCAUUUGUCUUGACAUGCAUGA